ACGGGGAGAAAUCGUGGGGAUAUAUAUUUUUUGUGGUGUUCAAUUAUAUGAAUAAGGACAUGACAGAUGAAAUUCUGCUAACAAACGAGGGACAAUUUGACUUCGCGGAGGUUUCUAAUGAAGUUCACGAUGUACCGAAAUUGGAGUUAUAUCGUAGGAAAAAAGUCGAUAUGAAAGCCAAUUCCGGCUCGAGUGUGUCAUUUAUGAUUAUUCCAAGAGAAUUGGGGUACAUCACUAUAAAAGUGACCACUCACAGUGUUUUAGCUGGCGACAGUGUUGAACACAAAUUACUUGUCAACGCUGAGGGAGAAACGCAAUAUAAAAACGAAGCGGUAUUACUGAAUUUGAGAAAUGCUGACCAAGCGGGUGCAAAUGUCAUCAUCAACAUAUCUAAUAAUGCAGUUCCAGAAUCCGAAAUUUCAAAUUUCUCCAGUUGGUUACUUCCAAGUAUCCCGGACUUGGCAAAUUUAAUAAGACUGCCAUUUAGUUGCGGCGAGCAGAACAUGCUCAACUUUGUACCAAAUAUUGUCAAUCUAAAUUAUCUGAAGAAUACGAAUCAAUUAACGCAAGUCGUGCAAAGCAAAGCGUUAAAAUAUCUGGACAUCGGCUACCAGCAAGAAUUGACUUACAAACUUAAUCUUAGUUUUACUUAUUAUUUUUCAUCUUUUUCUAGUUCUAAAGGAUAAAAGAUAAAAAGUAGA